AGGGUGCCAGCGCACAGGCCCCUGGCCGGAGCCGUGGCCCACCCCCAGCCCCUCGCCGCCGGCUUGCCCACUGUGCCCGCCGUGCCUGCCGUGCCAGGCGUCAACAACCUCACCGGCCUCACCUUUCCCUGGAUGGAGAGCAACCGCAGAUACACAAAGGACAGGUUCACAGUGGCCCUCUCACCCUUCACUGUAACACGCCGUAUAGGUCACCCCUACCAGAACCGGACACCCCCCAAGAAGAAGAAGCCACGCACCUCCUUUACGCGCCUGCAGAUCUGCGAGCUGGAGAAGCGCUUCCACCGCCAGAAGUACUUGGCCUCGGCGGAGCGCGCAGCCCUGGCCAAGGCGCUCAAAAUGACCGAUGCGCAGGUCAAAACCUGGUUCCAGAACCGGCGGACGAAGUGGAGGCGACAGACCGCGGAGGAGCGCGAGGCCGAGAGGCAGCAGGCAAACCGCAUUCUCCUGCAGCUGCAGCAGGAGGCCUUCCAGAAGAGCCUGGCGCAGCCCCUGCCGGCCGACCCCCUGUGCGUGCACAACUCUUCCCUGUUCGCCCUGCAGAACCUGCAGCCCUGGUCUGACGACUCCACGAAGAUCACCAGUGUCACGUCGGUGGCAUCAGCCUGCGAGUGACCCUGCCCGCUCCACCCUAGGGGACCCCAGGCCAAGGAGAGCCCCUAGGCUCGGGGACAAGACUCUCCCCACCCCUGUCCUCUGAGCAGGGGGGAACUGAAGCCCUUGUGCUGGCCCCCACACUCCUGCCACUGCCUGCCACAGCCACCACGACCUGUCUUCAGUAGAGGUGAAGAGAACAGCCCCGGGGACAAGGACGCGGGACUUCUGCCCGGGAGCCUGCACAUCCCAUGCCUGCUGGAAGUGUCCAGAGCCUCUCAGUUCUCCUCUGUUUCCGUUUAUUCUGAUUCUCACAAGGGACAAAGAGGUCAGGAAGUAGUGGCAGCAGGGUUUCUGGGACUCCCCCAGGCUGCUCUCCGAACUUGCUCUGAGAAGCCCCUCUGUGUCCCACUCAGCACCUAUACCAGAGGCCCACGCAAAGGCGGUGUCACUGUCCCCCCUGGCGUCACCCCAGAGCCACGAAGGAUGACGUGGCAGAGUGUCCUGGUCAUGGCUUACAUACUGCUGACCCUCACAACUGGGCACAGGCUGAGGGUGACCCACACUCAUUCUGGGCAGCAUGGUCCCCUCCAGUGCAAGGCCACGCCACACUGUGACACACCGCCUGAGACACCACAGCCUCACCUGGCUGGCCCCCAGGGCCCCACCACACAUCCCCGCUGAACCCAGGUAUGACAGACAGGUUGUCACCCAAACUCAGCACAUUCUCCAGAUCCUGUUUGUAAGGGGGGGUUAAAUUAUGCACUUAUAAGGUGUUUUCUGUGUACCAUUUUAUAAAGUGCUUGUGUAAUUUAUGUGGAAAAAAAAUAAAACCCUCGGGAUCCGGAGUCAGGGCUGCCUGCUCCUUGCUGAGCCAAA